UUAGAUCUCGUGUCCCCUUUCCUCCCCAAGCCCGUCCUCCCUUCUUCCCCCAAACCCUAGCUUUCCUCGCCGUGCGGCGGCGGCGGCGGCAGCCAUGGACAAGAGUAUGCUCGGCGACCUCGACAACCUCCCCGAGGAGGACAAGAUGCGCAUGGCCGUCAUGGUCGACCAGCUCCAAGUCCGCGACAGUCUACGGAUGUACAACAACCUGGUGGAGAGGUGCUUCACCGACUGCGUUGAGACAUUCCGCCGCAAGACCCUGGACAAGCAAGAGGAGUCAUGCGUCCGCCGCUGCGCCGAGAAGUUCCUGAAGCACUCCAUGAGGGUCGGCAUGCGAUUCGCUGAGCUUAACCAGGGCGUUGCCACACCCGACUAACCGAAUGAUGUGUCCUUGUCCUUCAAGUUUCUAACAUUGGACGUUUGGUCAGGAUCAGUUUGUAAUCCUUGAAAGGUUUUCAAGUACUUCGUGAACCCACUGCUGGUUAUCAAGUUAAAUAAAGUUUAUCUUGAAUUAUGGUA